AUGAAGGCAGCAGCUCUGGUCGUCGUGGCGUGUGUGGUCACUCUCUUUGCAGGCACGUUCGACCGUCGCGUCUGCGCCUACGACUCGAUCGACGACGACGCUGCGGACGAAGUCGAAGUGGGAGACGACGACGACGACUUUGACUUUGACUUUGUCUCGAGCAAUCUCGACCGUGUCAAGAGUGGCCACGACCUCAUUGAAGUUCAGUGCGACGGGCUCCAAUGUCCAGUCGCCACGGGGGACGCGGGCACGAACGACGACGGCGACGUCCCGUCUGUCUGGACUCGGCAGCUCGUGACGCACAAGCUUAAGCCAGCGACGAUCCUGAAAGAACACGCGCGAGUGCAGAAGAGCAACGAGAAGCACUUUCGGGGUGAGACGUUGGGGUACGUCACGCCGUGGAACAGCGGGGGCUACGAGCUCGCCAAGCGGUUCCGCCACAAGUUCACGUACGUCUCGCCCGUGUGGCUGCAAGUGCGGGAAGACCGGGACCACGCGCCGAUCAUCACGGGCACUCACGAGAUCGACCGGCAGUGGGUUCAGGAGAUCAAGCAUGGCGUGCCCGGGGACCCGAAGUUAGCCAUGGAGCCUGCUGUGCUGCUGGAGCUGACGAACGAGCACGAGUUUGAUGGAUUGGUGUUCGAGAUCCCCGUCACGCAAGGGACGUUGGACAUACUGCAGCAACUGGCCCGCGCUUUUCGAGCAGCAGACAAGUUGCUCAUUCUCGUGCUGCCUCGGAGCUCCGAUGACGGUGAGAUGCCUGUGACGCACGAGCUUUUCGCCGAGUUGGCACCGCUAGUCCAUCGCUUCUCGAUGAACGCGUACGACUAUCGCACACCAGGGCCGAAUGCGCCGUAUCCGUGGCUCGUAAAGACGCUCGAAAAGAUGUCACCCAUGGAGCGGCAAAAGAUCCUAAUGGGACUACCGUUUUACGGCUACGAUAACGCAGAUGCAAUUACGGGGCGGACGUACAUUCAAUCGUUGACCGACAACGACGUUGCCAUUCGAUGGGACCUCACAUCUCAGGAGUGUCAGCACGUGUACACGACUGCGGAAACGAAUCGUCAACACGUGAUGUUCUAUCCGUGUCUGCAGUUCCUGCACGAUCGCUUGAGCCUGUACAAGGCCGACGGCGUCGGGGUAGCCAUUUGGGAGCUCGGACAAGGGCUCGAUUUCUUUUACGACCUCCUGUAA